UAAAAACAGAUAAAAGAAAAGAAGUUUCAAUUCUAAUUCUUGUUUUUGUGUUGUGUUAUAAAAUUCAGCAUUAUAUUAUAUAUUGAUUUUUAAUUCGCUUGGCAAAACAGCUAGAUAAAGCUAAGAUGAUGUUCCGCUACAUUUCUACUUAAAUUAUGGGCGAUCAAUGGUACUAUAGCUAUCCACCACCGAAUACUCAAUACAAUCCUCAGUACCCACCUCCUCCGAACAAUCCCCCUUAUUCUCACUGGCCCCAAUCGCAAUAUCCUCCUAACGCCCAGUACAGUUACCCCGUAGUUCCCUCGUAUCCGCCACCGCCCGUUCCUACAGCCCCUACAGCAGUUUACACUGCACCUCCUACCGGAGCACCACCUCAAAACGUUGGUUAUAAUUACAAUUAUCCCCAGCAGCAGUAUCAGUACACGCAGCCACCACCGUUACCUGUGAACGAUUAUGCAAAAGAUUUAGAGAACUACAAGUAUAUUAAAUCUAAGAUAAGCGAAACAGAAAGUGAAAAAAAUUUGGAGACACCUAGAUCAGAAAGAGAAAUAAGUCCAUUGGCGAGUCAACGUAGAAGGACGACUAGUAAAAGUAGAAGGUCGACUAGUAAACCUAGAAGGUCGACUAGUAUAUCUAGAAGGUCGACUAGUAUAUCUAGAAGGUCGACUAGUAAACCUAGAAGGUCGAUUAGUAAAAGUAGAAGGUCAACAAGUAGAGAUAAAUACAGAGGCAGCAAUGCCAGAAAAAGAGAUAGACGACGUUCGCGAUCAAGAAGUAGUAGAUCUAGAGAUAGGAAUGUAGAGAAAAGAUACAGAAGAGAUAGAAGUAGAAGCAGAGAUUCUAAAAGAAGACACAGAUCGCCAAGAUCAAGAAGUAGGUCUAAAUCACGAUAUCCGAGUCCCGCUUCUUCUUACAGAUCAACCAGGCCCCGUUCCGUAGAUAGGUCCAGAAAACCGACAUCAGAACGCGACCAACUCCUGUCAAAAUGGCGAAAAAAUUACUGCACGACCAAACAACAACUUUCCGACAAAUUAGAAGAACUUGCAGCGAUGACGAUCGACGAUAUACUCGAAAACGAAAAGAGCAUCUGGACCAGAUCCACUCCGGCAGAUCUGUUUUACGUUAGAGAUGCGGAAAAUGCCAAAAUAAUGAUAGGCACGGCCAAGCUCAAGCAACUUUGCGAAGAUUUUGAGAAGCAGCUGGUUAUGAGGGCGAGGAGAGUGAACGCGGAAAAGCCGAAAUACGAACCACCGCCCAGGAAGAACAGGGCUAGAUUGUGCAAACAUAAAACUGAAGCUCAAAGUAGUUCAGACAGCUCCGAAGAAGAUUUAACUGACGAAGAAGACUGUACAAUGGAAGAGCUGCAAAGGAAACAGCAGCACCCUGACAGGUUGCAUCCAGAAAUGUGGUUUAAUGAACCAGGAGAAAUGAACGACGGUCCACUAUGUCGCUGUUCUCUUAAAUCCAAAAAAUCGGGUAUCCGUCACGGAAUAUAUCCAGGUGAAGAACAUCUUACACCGUGCAACAUAGGAAGCAACAGUGCUGAUAAGUUGUACCAUUACCGCAUAACCAUAUCUCCUCCUACCAAUUUUUUGAUUAAAACCCCUACUAUCAUUCAUCAUGACGAGCACGAAUUUAUUUUUGAAGGAUUUUCGAUGUUUUCUCAUCAUCCUUUGGAAAAACUGCCCAAUUGUAAGGUCAUCCGUUUCAACAUAGAAUACACGAUUUUAUACAUAGAAGAAAAAAUACCCGAAAAUUUUACCGUUCGUGAAUUAGACUUGUUCACCGAAUAUUUAUUCCAAGAAAUCCUGGAACUGGUCGAUCUGGACUUCAAGGCUGCCGGCGACACGGAGGGUUGUCCCCAGUUCCAUUUCAUGCCGAGAUUUGUUAGAGAAUUGCCCGAAAACGGAAAGGAAAUUCUGUGCAUGAACGAAGUGUUGCAUUAUCUCUUACAAAACUCCCAACCGUUGAUCAACGAGCCGGAAUUGAAGGAAAUGAUGAAUAUGUCGCAGUUCGAAUGGCAGAGCUACGCAGACGAAAUCAAGGGUAUGGUAGUGACUUACCCCGGCAAAAAACCGUGUUCGGUAAGAGUUGAUCAACUGGAUCGGAAUAUAGAUUUGCAGAAAGAAGGAGAAUACAAAUUUCCGGAAAUUGUGCACUUUGGAAUCAGACCACCGCAGCUGAGCUACGCUGGAAAUCCAGAGUAUCAAAAAGCCUGGCGCGAUUACGUCAAAUUUCGCCAUCUGCUGGCCAACAUGUCGAAACCAACUUACGAAGACAAGAGGAAAUUAGAAACGAAAGAAAAUAGACUGCAAGAAAUGAGAACCCAAGGAAAAAUGAAAAGGGAUGUAACUGUAGCGGUAUCGUCCGAAGGUUUCUACAGAACUGGUAUCAUGUGCGACGUCAUACAGCACGCCAUGUUGAUACCGGUACUGGUGUGCCAUUUGAGGUUCCAUCAUUCCUUAAACGUUCUAGAAGAGUCUGUACAGUAUACAUUCGUGAAUCGCGCUCUACUACAACUCGCCCUAACUCAUCCAUCAUACAAGGAAAAUUUCGGGACCAAUCCCGAUCACGCGAGAAACAGUCUUACCAACUGCGGCAUACGUCAACCCGAAUAUGGAGACAGAAGGAUACACUACAUGAAUACUAGAAAGAGAGGAAUUAACACUUUAAUCAACAUAAUGUCCCGGUUUGGAAAAUUACAAGAAACUGAAUCAAAUAUCACUCACAACGAGAGAUUGGAAUUUCUGGGUGAUGCCGUAGUGGAGUUUUUAUCGUCAAUCCAUUUGUUUUAUUCGUUUCCAGAUCUCGAAGAAGGAGGUUUGGCAACAUAUAGGGCGGCAAUAGUUCAGAAUCAGCACCUAUCUGUACUAGCGAAGAUUUUAAAAUUAGACCAAUACAUGCUGUACGCUCACGGUUCCGACUUAUGCCACGAUUUAGAACUGCGACACGCGAUGGCAAAUUGCUUCGAAGCUCUAAUGGGGGCGCUGUUUCUCGACGGCGGAAUCGAUGUUGCUGAUAAAGUUUUCUCGUCGACUUUCUUCAACACAAAUCCCGAGCUGCACGAAGUGUGGGUGAGUUUGCCGCCGCAUCCCCUUCAGGAGCAGGAACCGCUAGGCGAUCGACAAUGGAUCGAAAAGUUCGACAUUCUCCAGAACUUGGUAAAAUUCGAGGAAUCUAUUAACGUGGAAUUCAAGCAUAUUCGGCUUUUGGCGAGAGCUUUUACGGACAGGAGCGUGGGGUACACGAAUUUGACGAUGGGCUCCAAUCAGAGAUUGGAGUUUUUGGGCGAUACGGUGUUGCAAUUGAUUGCGUCGGAUUAUUUGUAUAAGUAUUUCCCCGAGCAUCAUGAAGGUCAUUUAUCUUUAUUGAGGAGUUCUUUGGUGAACAACAGAACCCAAGCUGUAGUCUGCGAUGAUUUAGAUAUGGCCAAAUUCGCCAUUUACAAUAACCCAAAAGCGGAAUUGAAAACUAAAGAUAGAGCGGAUUUGCUUGAAGCUUUCAUCGGAGCUCUGUACGUCGAUCAGGGAAUGGAGUUUUGCGAAGUGUUUUGUCAAGUGACGCUGUUUCCGAGGUUGCAGGAUUUCAUUAUGAAUCAGGAUUGGAACGAUCCCAAAUCGAAAUUGCAGCAGUGCUGCCUUACUUUGCGUACUAUGGACGGCGGCGAACCCGAUAUUCCGGUUUAUAAGGUCAUUGAAUGUAAAGGACCAACUAAUACGAGAGUGUAUACAGUAGCUGUGUAUUUUAGAGGUAGGAGACUGGCUAGUGCAAUGGGCCACAGUAUCCAGCAAGCCGAAAUGAACGCCGCCAAAAAGGCCUUGGAAAUAUCUCAUGACUUAUUCCCGCAAUUGGACCACCAAAAGCGGGUGAUAGCGAAGAGCAUGAAAAAGCAAAGACGCAAAUGCAGAAGCACGUCCAGAACCAAGACGAUCCAAUCGGUUCCCAAAUCGCCGGAGCGGUAUUCCAGAAGCAGAUUCAAGAAGUCCAGUUCCAGAUCGAGAUCCAGUGACAGUUCUACAGACAGAUCGCCGAGUUCAGAUCGGGCGAGCACUAAGACCAGAAACGAUUCCGCUCGAUCAGAAUGCGGCUCAAAGACAGGCACGAACUGAAAACCAUUUGUGAACCUAUUUUGGUGCUUAUUGUCCACCAAUUCGGACAGAUAGUUUAGGUGCUUGAAGAAAUCAAAUCGUACUAUGACCACUAGGAACCAAUUAUAUCCAGAAAGAAAUUAGUUUCAGCUUCUAAAAUUUACAUAAACAAAUAUAGUACUGAAACUAAACUUAAACUAAUUAAAGCAUCAAUAAUAUAAAAAGAAGCUAAUCUUGGUAUUUACAGUGAAACUAGUUAUGCAUUAGUAAUCUAAACAAAUUUCAGGGAUUAACAAGCAUAACUAAUUUUGGUGUUGCUUCUAAAAUUAGUUUUGUUACUGGUACUGAAGUUAGAAACUUGCAGCUUUAAUAAAGCCAAUCAUAAAGUAGUUUUAAUUUUGGAUCAAAACUAAUUUCGAAUCUAUACUGGAACUUCGUUUUGGUACUGGUCCUAAAAUUAGUUUAAUAGCAACUAGAUCUACUAAAUAACGAAUGUAAUUAAGUUUUAUUAAAGCCAAUAAUUUCAGCUUGGAUAAUCAGUGAAGUUUUAAAAUUAUGAUGACUAGAUUCAAUAUUAAUUAUGGAAGCAAUAGCGAAACUAAUUUUAACUUCGACACAUUUAUAGAUUUUAUUUAACUAAUGGUUAUGACUAGUAUUGAUUCAGUAUCUAUUAGUUUAAAUAAUGUCACUGAAACUAGUGGAUACAUAACAUUUGAAAAUU